UCAGUCUCUCUGGUCCAGGUUCGGCUCUCUGGUCCAGGUUCGGCUCUCUGGUUCAGGGUGGAAGCAGCUCAGCAGCACAAUGAUCUCUCACCGCUGGUUUCUAGCUCUUUUUCUGUUUCCUCAUGUUCACGGAUCUGAGCAGCCGUCUUCUCCCACUCUGAGUGAACCAUGGAGACACAUAUCUUGGGGAGACAAAGAGAGUGAUCUGCAGUAUGUGCAGAAUUACACACCUAUCAACAAGAGAGUCAAACACCUCAGAGUUCUGCUGUACGGGCCGGUCGGAGCCGGAAAGUCCAGCUUCAUCAACUCAGUCAGCUCCACGGUCCGAGGCAGACUAACUCAGCCUGCUGCUCCCAGCUCUACCACCUCUGACCAAAGUUUCACCACAACAUAUCAAACUCAUGAUAUCAGAAGAGGAACCUCAGACAGCUUCUAUCAGUUAGUCUUCAAUGACAUCAUGGGUCUGGAGGAGGGGAUGGAACGAGGCGUCCGAGCUGAAGACGUCAAACUGGCCAUGAUGGGACGUGUGGAGGACGGUUACAAGUUCAACCCAAGGUCUCCACUGUCAACGGACGAUCCAAAAUACAAACCGUCCCCCUCUCCAGACGAUCAAGUCCAUGUUGUGGUUUGCAUCCUCUCUGCUAACGCAGUAGAGGUGAAAGUUUUAGAGAAGAUGAAGGUGAUCAGAGAGGCAGCCAGGGACCUGGGGAUUCCUCAGAUGGCGAUAAUCACACACAUCGACGAGGCCUGUGAGGACACUGAAAAGGAUCUGAGGAACGUUUAUAAGAGCAAGCAUCUGAAGAAUAAGAUGAAGGAUUUCAGCGCAGUAGUCGGUAUCCCGAUGAACUACAUCUUUCCUGUGAAGAACUACAGUGAAGAAAACGACAUCGUCGAUGAUGUGGACUCUCUGAUCCUCAGCGCUCUGAGACGAAUUAUCGACUUUGGAGACGACUUCAUCGGGAAUAUGGAUUUCUCACAUCACAAGUACCACCAGGACGGCUGGAUGGAUUGGUUUCAGUGGUUUGAUUAUCGUAUCUUCCUGACUCUGCUCUUGGGGUUUGUUAUCUUGAUAUGGAUAAGGAUGAGGAUGAGGUGGUAUUGA